CGAGCCGGGCGGCAGGCACAGCCCGUGGCCACCGCCGAGCCCGGGCGGGACUGGCCCCGCGCGCACUUCAGCCCCGCGGCAGUUCGGGGACGGACAGACUCGGGGUGCAGCCUUCGCGUCCCGAUCGCGGUGACAAGCGCUCCCGGGGCCAGGAGCUGGGUUGUCUGGCUCGGGGAGAGUGAGGUGGUCACGGUGCUGGGCUCGUGCGGGACCCGGGGCGUCGCGAUGAACAUCGUGGUGGAGUUCUUCGUGGUCACUUUCAAAGUGCUGUGGGCGUUCGUGCUGGCCGCGGCGCGCUGGCUCGUGCGGCCCAAGGAGAAGAGCGUGGCCGGCCAGGUGUGCCUCAUCACCGGCGCGGGCAGCGGCCUGGGCCGCCUCUUUGCUCUGGAGUUUGCCCGGCGCCGGGCGCUGCUGGUUCUCUGGGACAUCAACACGCAGAGCAACGAGGAGACCGCAGGCAUGGUUCGUCACAUCUACCGGGACCUGGAGGCGGCCGACGCCGCUGCUCUGCAAGCUGGGAAUGGUGAGGAGGAAAUCCUGCCCCCAUGUAACUUGCAGGUUUUUACCUACACUUGUGACGUGGGCAAAAGGGAGAAUGUCUACCUGACAGCUGAAAGGGUCCGUAAGGAGGUCGGUGAGGUCUCAGUCCUGGUCAAUAAUGCCGGUGUGGUUUCUGGACAUCACCUUCUGGAAUGUCCGGAUGAGCUCAUUGAGAGAACCAUGAUGGUCAACUGCCACGCACACUUCUGGACCACCAAGGCCUUUCUUCCGACGAUGCUGGAGAUUAAUCAUGGCCACAUUGUGACGGUCGCCAGCUCCCUGGGACUGUUCAGCACUGCUGGAGUUGAGGAUUACUGUGCCAGUAAAUUUGGAGUUGUGGGUUUUCACGAAUCUCUGAGCCAUGAGCUAAAGGCUGCUGAAAAGGAUGGAAUUAAAACAACUUUGGUUUGCCCUUACCUUGUAGACACGGGCAUGUUCAGAGGCUGCCGAAUCAGAAAAGAAAUUGAGCCCUUUUUGCCCCCUCUGAAACCUGAUUACUGUGUGAAGCAGGCCAUGAAGGCCAUUCUCACCGACCAGCCCAUGAUCUGCACCCCCCGCCUCAUGUACAUCGUGACCUUCAUGAAGAGCAUCCUUCCUUUCGAAGCAGUUGUGUGCAUGUAUCGAUUUCUAGGAGCCGACAAGUGUAUGUAUCCCUUUAUUGCUCAAAGAAAACAAGCCACAAACAAUAAUGAAGCAAAAAAUGGAAUCUAAGAGUGCUUUGUAUGGAGUGCCCUUUCUGUCAGGGUGGUUCAGUCCAUGCACAUCAGCAGUACUGACAGCCUCUGGAUUCUAACCCCACGUCAACUUUUUUUCUAAUCAACUUUUUAAAAAAUAAUAAAAUGUAAAUUAACUGAC